CAAAGAAUAGAACGCGGUUUCCAGAUUCACGAUCAAGAUCUGAAACGGUAUAGCCCCCACGAGAAUAAGAAGGAACAGCCAUGGCGGAAUAAAAUGAGUUAGGCGAGUUGACCCUCCUCCCGGCUGACCACCUCGCAUGAAGCCAGCGAGGAGAGGAAGCUUGACCACCUUGGGAACGAAAUCGAAUCUAUUUUUCCACUUUUCACCAUUCUUUUCUCUUCUCCUAUCCUCGAUUCUACAGGUUCUUCGAAGUAUUUGGAGUGGUCACUGAGUAGUCAGCAUUCGAGGGAGUUGGAUCGGAUUCGGUUUUCGAUCGGUUCGAGAUCAGGGUUUUUGAGGCUGAAGUGAGCGUGAUCUGCGGCCUUGGAUGUUUUCUUGGGCUUAAUUUUGCGUUUUUGGAUUGGUUUUAGUUGAUGGAGUUUUCGGAUUGGAAGGAUUAAUAAGUGAGUUUAAACUGUAAUCAUUGUUAGAUAUUCUGGUUUUCAAAAAUUAUGCAUCAUUCGUUUAGUUAUCAAGUACGAUGACAAGGGGAUGUUAGGGUUUUGAUCAGAAUUGGGGUUCCAGGGUUCCCCAAGCUUUCAUGGGGAACUCCGCCGUUGACUGGCGAUGCAACUGUUACAAAGUCCCGAUUCUCUCUUCGCCGAUACUUGAAACUCCGCAUAUCGCCUACCUCGGCGACCGCUACGUGCUACGGGAGCAUCUGGGCUGGGGUCAGUUUGGGGUGAUCCGAGCUUGCUCUGAUUUAGUCACCGGUGAGGAACUUGCUUGCAAAUCCAUCGCCAAGAACCGGCUCGUCUCCGGCGAAGACGUUCGCAGCGUUAAGCUCGAAAUCGAGGUCAUGGCGCGGCUCUCCGGCCACCCGAAUGUCGUGGACCUCAAGGCUGUGUACGAAGAAGAGGAUUAUGUGCAUUUGGUUAUGGAGUUAUGCGCCGGAGGGGAACUAUUUCAUCGUCUUGAGAAGCACGGCCGGUUCAUGGAGCGGGAGGCGGCGGUCCUGUUCCGGGAUCUGAUGGAGGUGGUGAUGUACUGCCAUGAUAAUGGAAUUGUUCAUCGGGAUCUGAAGCCGGAGAACAUUCUUUUGGUUACCAAGUCGUCGUCUUCUCCUAUCAAGCUUGCCGAUUUUGGCCUUGCUACCUAUAUCAAGCCUGGGCAGAGUUUGUGUGAAACUGUUGGCAGUCCAUUCUAUAUAGCACCAGAGGUGUUGGCAGGCUGCUAUAACCAGGCGGCGGAUGUAUGGAGUGCCGGCGUUAUUCUUUACAUUCUUCUCAGCGGAAUACCACCAUUUUGGGGAAAGACGAAGUCGAGGAUUUUUGAUGCGGUAAGGUCUCUGGAGUUGAGGUUUCCUUCUGAUCCAUGGGAUGGGGUGUCUGAAUCUGCAAAACAUUUAAUUUCGGGGAUGUUAUGCAGAAAUCCACUUCAGAGACUAACAGCUAAACAAGUUCUAGAGCACUCAUGGAUAAAAGAAUAUGCUCAGCAAAUGCAAUCGACCAUCAGCCAUCAAGCCAUCUUAACUUUUGGAGAAGACAACUUCAGAAGCUGUUCUUUCUCAACGUUCUCAAAUCCAAUCACUCAAAGAAGCCAUGAAUUGAGCUUCGGUUUCUGCCCAGCUGAAGAUUCUGACACCGGAACCUCGUCUUCUGUUAUACAAGCUGAUACAACAACUGGUUUUUCCUUCCCUUUGCUCCCCAUCUUUUCAUUCUUCAACCCCCCUCCAAAUCAAGAAAGCAUAUUGAAUUUGAGUUCUAAUAACACCAAAGGAAGCGCUUUUCAAAGAGACUCCAGCUUUGGUGAGCUCUGUGAUAAGGAAGCUACUAAAUCGAGAGCAAUUGGGCUUCGUAGCAGGAGGAACCACACGAUCGGGCUCGGUGAACUCGAGCAGCUGGAUAUUGUGGUCUCGGAAUCCGUCAUACGAUGGGCUUCAUGCACACAUCUGUCGAGCGCGGCGUCUCUCAGAUCGUCGCUUGUUUGCUAAUGAUAUAGGGAUUUCAAGUCGUUGGAGGAAGGACGAGGGGGUGGGGGUGGGGGGUGGUGAGAUGUAAUUGUAACUGUAUUGCCUGAGUUAGUUUUCAGUAGGUUAUAGGAGAGUGAAUAUUUUUACUCUGUUGGUGUGGAAAUGUGGAAAUGUGGAUUAUGAUUCAAUCUCAGAGUGAGUUUUGUUGUGGUUCUUGUAUUAUUGUCAGCAGAUGUGCUUCGUGAGUGAAGAACUGAAACUAUUUCCCUAUUGGUUGGGUGCUUCUUCUACCAAGCGGCGUUAUUGUACCCAUUUUUAUAAGGAAGAUUGCAUA